CUCUCUCGGAGGAGGAGGAUUCACACUCUGGUUUUAUUUCUCUCCUCCUCUCCUUCUCCUCUUGCUAUGACCCAUUUGACGAGCGGCUGCCACCAAGACCGAUACGCCAGGAUGAACGGUGAACUGAGAGCCGGUCGUACCACGACAGCCAAGAGAGGAAGCAGCGCCAUUGACAGAUCUGAUUAUGACAUGGAGUAUGACAAAUACCCGGAUGACUGCUAUAACCGCGUGUUUGACUAUCAGCGAGUUCCCUCUUCGGUCCCAGCGGAUCCCAGUCCUGUAAAACAGCCCCGCCCUUCGUCUUCAUCAUCCUCCUCCUCUUCAUUGUCCACGGCGGCUCUGAGAGUGAGGAGCAGCAGGCCGUCCAGAAGAAGCAACAACACACACACCUCCGCCUCCAGCAGCAAAUUGAGAAUGGCAGAGCUUCUUUCCAUCAAAAGGGAGCUGACAGUGAUCAAGGUUCAGAUCGAUGGCCUGCUGGACUGCGUAGACAAGAUGGACAGACAGAGGAAGGAUGGCUCAGAGUGUCCUGAGAGCAGGGAGCCCAGUGUGUCGGAUUCCUCUCGCCGAGGUUCAGUCAGCAGUCUGGAGCGAGAGAGUCCGGAGCCAGGGGAGGCCAGUGAGGACGAGCCGCUGCACUACCAGCACUACUACCCCUACAGCUACACCCGUAGGAUAAAGCAGUCUGAUCAGGAGGAGGACCUGUGAUGCUGCAGUUCAGAAGCAGAUGCUCAGAUCUGUAACAGCUGGGAUGGACGAAGCUUCAAGACGACGCUGGCAACACGACCUGCAUUUGGACUGACUCUCCUCCACCCCUGAUUUUUGAUUUUUUCCCAUAUUUUUGACAUUUUUAUUAUGUUGCUACGGUGGCCCUGAGAGGCCAAACGGACUGCAACUUAAGAAAACACCAGCAAUAAGAAAAACGCUGCAAAAGCACACAAAACACAACGGAAACAGGAAAAACAAAACAUAAAUAUGAAAAAGAAAACAGAAAUAGGAAAAAAAGCCAAGGGAAGUUUCUAGGGAGACAAUAACCUAACGCAGUGGUUCCCAAACUUUUUUUGCUAGGCCCCCCUUUGUUUUACAAGAAAAAUGUUCGCGCCCCCCCCACACGCGCAAACACAUCCUCCAACCACACACACACAUAUUUUGCUCCAUUGCGGUUUCUUUCACACCUCAAACAUUUAGUAAACAAUUAAGCAAAUACAAGUAAUCUGCAAUAAAUUACAGGUAGUAAUAAAAUAAACUACUAACUCUUUUACGCUACGUCCGCACCUACACGGGUAUUUUUGAAAACGCAGCUGUUUCGUCCACACGUAAACGGCAUUUCGAAUCACCGAAAACGGAGAUUUUUUUAAACUCCUUUUUUGCGUUUACGUGUGGACGAGGAAUACAGAGUUUGUCACUCAACGUCAAAGGUAUGUGCCUUUUUUCACGUCACGCUGUGCGCCACGUUAUUGUUUACAUGAGAUGAAUUGCAGAAUGGCAGAUAGAGACAAAAUACUGUUAAUCUGACUAUCUGCAGGUUUUACACGCUUACAUUUACACACGCAGUUACUGUCCCUCCAUUUAGAAAGGCAGAGGCGUCACGGUGUGAUUAUUUUACACGUAGUUGUUUUUUUCCUGUGUAAUAAUAUUCAACAUUGCUAUCAAUACAUUUUUCAAAAAAUGCCUCUCUGUGCAAAAUGGGUUCAAAAACAUAAACAGCUGUGGGAUACUGUUUGUCCGGGAUUUGAACCGGGGGAACAAAUCGUGGCAGGAUCAGCCUGAUAUUAUUUGUAUCCCACUGUAACUUUACUGUAUAAAGAGCUAACAUCUCCAAAAUGUCAGGAGUAGUUAGUCAUUGCAACAAGUGUUUGUGAACUAAAGAUCAAGAAUGUGGGAUACUGUUUGUCCGUGAUUUGAACAGCCCAGCGCUGCUCCCGACGAAGGGAAAACCAAUUAUGCAGGGGAGACCUACCUCGGCACUUGUGCAGGUGAAACCAAAGGGAAGAUUUGCUUCACCAUAUUUUCUAGUCUUUGGCUUAGAAUGAAGUUGGUUUGGAAACAUAUUCAGCGAUGCUUCAUCUCCUGCUUUGCAUUUGUGUGGGGCGCCCCGUGCUAGCAGUGUCCAAGCGUUUUUAGUUUUUUUUUCCCCUUUUCAUGCCGCGUCCCCCCUGCAAUGGCUCUGCGCCCCCCCUAGGGGGCGGGCCCCACACUUUGGGAAGCUCUGACCUAACGGACCAGUUGCAGGAACCCAAAACUUGGUAGGCGUGUUUUAUCAUGAUUCAUAUAAUACUGAUGACAGAUUUUUAGGCUAAUAGUUAGGCUAACACACUUAACUCUCAUCUUUUCUUUCGUCACAAAACCGAUAGAUCCUCAACUUCUUUUAAGUGUCUCCCAUUGCAAUUCUUAGCAUAUUUUGGUUCCUGCAACGGGUUAUUGUCUCCCCAGAAACACUUCCCUUGUUCUUUUGGAAAUCUGUUUUUUCCUAUUCUCAUUGUGUUUUGUGUGCUUUUGCAGCGUUUUUCUAAUUGAUGGUGUUUUCUUAAGUUGCAAUCCGUUUGGCCUCUCAGGGCCACCGUAUGUUGCCACCUAUGUUUUCCAGCAUAGAAUGACGGUAAAAUCAACAUUGACACUUUACUGAUUCCAGUGAUCCACAUUCACAUGUUGACACAUUAGACAAUAUCUGAACAUCAUAGAAAAAUUGAAUAAAACAUACUGAUGCUUUUGCAGAAACUUUUUCUUCAGCUAAAUACCUCCUCACAGCAGAUUAUUUUAUUUUGGCCUCUGGGCCAACACCUCUGCACCGCCAGAAAACACUGCAUUAGUGGGCUACACAGGCAAGAGCAGACUCAUGAGUCUGUUGGAUUAUUUCCUUAACUUUUGAGCCUGUUUCAUCACCCUAACCUUGCUUCUCAUGUCAGACUCAUCACUGUUAUUAAAGUCUGUGUGGCACCAGCUGGCGGCUCCUUAUCACACAGUUUAUUUUCAUCAGGCCUGUUUUCAUUAUGUGUAACCAGCUGUGUGACCACAUAAUGCUUCUGCGGUACAGGCUCAGUGAGCACGGCUUUAUGACUUUCUGGGUAAAUUUCACUGUUCAGUCCGCUCAGGAAAUCACUUAUAAAGUUAUAUAUAGGCCCAGACAAUUUCCUGAAAUGAGCAUUAGCUUUGAAUAAUAACUCCAUGUAGUAGAUAUAAUUAGGGAAAUGUACUUUUUCUAUGAUCAUGAGUGAUAGUUGGUUUCAUGUGCUUGUUUCAGUUUAGCUUUGGUUAACUGACAAAUAAACUGACAAACAGUUCGAGUUCAGUUAUUUCAUGGAUUAGUUUGGCAGGUGUGGGUAACAAUAUGCUUCACGUGAACUAAAACUGUUGGUUUCAUGUUUGCUAAGAUAUCUAGCUGAAUGAAAAAGUUACGUUUAACUUACAGUCCUGGUAAAAAGAAAGCACAGCAUCAUUCCACAGCGAGAAAGUGGAAAACAUUCAAGACAGCUGCCAGACUUCUCAGGAGGAGAUAUUCCAGCAAAUUUACCCCAAAGUCAGAUCAAUUAAAAAAAGACUGAACAAGUGUGACUAUGAAGGGUUCCUAGGAGGCUACUUCUUCCCUAUAAAAACAACAUGGCAGCAUAUGUUAAGCUUGCACAACUGCAUCUCUACAAACCACAAGUCUUCUGGAACAAUGUGCUUUGUUUCUUCAUAAUAUACAGCAGCACUUUUGGAGAAAACCAAACACAGCACAUCAGCACAAACACCUUACACCAACUGUCAGCACGGUGGUGGAGGGACGAUGAUUUGGGAAGCUUGCAGUCACUGACUCGACCAUGAAAUCCUCUGUACACCAAACUGCUCUAGAGUCAAACAUGCGGCCGUGUGUCCCGCAGCUAAAGCUUUGCCCAAACUGGGUCAUGUAACUGGACAAUGAUCCCACACAUAGCAGCAAAUCGCCAACAGAUUGGCUGAAGAAGCAAAAAAAAUCGAGGUGCUGCAGUGGCCCAAAGUCUAGACCUCAACUCAACUGAAACGCUGUGGUUGGUUUAAGAGAGCUGUGCAUGAAUGAAUGCUGAAAACAUGAAUGAACAACAGCAGUGCUGUAAAGACAAGUUCCUCCACAAUGAUGUGAGACACGAGUCGCCCAGAAAACCAUUGCUGCAACAUUUUGCUCCUAAAUUAGGUCCUAAAAGCAACUUAGUAGGGUACAUACACUGCUUCUGCAGUUUGGCUUCAAUUUUAUCAGUAAAUAAUGACACAGUGUAAUAUGUCAUAUGUUGGUGUUCAUCUUAGGUUGUGUUUAAGUAGUCAAAGGAGUUUGCAAGGAAAG